AGCUCAUAUCUUCCCCAUUCCCAUGGAAAAUAGCCAUCGUUGAAAGAAAAGAAAAGAAAAGAAAAAAACAAACCUCGUUCCGACAACCAUGGGCUUCAGAUUUUGGAACCUAAGCAGCUCUGUCUACAGAGCCUCCGUCUCGAGAACAUCGCCGGACGCCGACAGGAUCCUCCGUCACGGUCGCGUGAUCCGACAGCACCUCCGUCCCCACCUUCGAGACCCGUCUUUCGGCGGCCACUACGAUGUCCCCAGGAGGUGGCACCUGGGCCAUUCCCACCACGACCACGACCGCCGCCCGUUCUCCGCCGGCGAGGACGGCGUGCGGAUUUUCCGGCUGGGCCUUGCCGCCGACGUCUGCCUGGCCGCGGGGAAGGCCGUGACGGGCUACUUGUCCGGAAGCACCGCCAUCAUUGCCGAUGCUGCGCAUUCUGUCUCCGAUGUGGUUCUUAGUGGCGUUGCAUUAUGGUCAUAUAAAGCUGCAAACGUUCCUAAAGACAAAGAUCACCCCUAUGGACACGGCAAAUUCGAGACUUUAGGGGCACUAGGAAUCUCUUGUAUGCUUUUGGCUACAGCUGGUGGUAUUGCCUGGCAUGCUCUAGAUCUUUUGCUUGGUUUGUUGUCUGCCACACCUGAAAUAGUCAACCAUUCCGUCCUAAAUGAACAUGUUCACAGUCAUCAUCACGGUGGUCAUCACCAUGGAGUUGACAUGGAGCACCCCAUCCUUGCUCUCAGUGUGACAAUCAUAUCAAUAUCUACUAAAGAAGGUCUUUACUGGAUAACAAAACGAGCUGGUGAAAGGCAAGGCAGUGGACUAAUGAAAGCAAAUGCAUGGCAUCAUCGUGCAGAUGCAAUUUCAUCAGUGGUUGCUCUUCUUGGUGUAGGAGGCUCCAUCCUGGGAAUAAAGUUUCUGGAUCCCCUAGCAGGACUUGUUGUAUCAGGCAUGAUCUUUAAGGCUGGACUUGAAACUGGUCACCAAAGCAUUUUGGAACUGGUGGAUGCUGCAAUUCCUGCUGAAGAUUUAGAUCCAAUAAAAGAAACAAUACUUAAAGUUGAAGGAGUUAAGGGAUGUCAUCGAUUACGGGGAAGGAGAGCUGGUUCAUCUCUUUAUCUUGAUGUGCAUAUUGAGGUUGAUCCAUUUGUUAGUGUUAGUGCAGCACAUGGAAUUGGUGAAACCGUUCGUCAUCAAAUUCACGAGUCCCACCCUGAAGUUACGGAAGUUUUCAUACACAUAGACCCUUCGAUUUCUCAGUUUUCUCCAACAAAAAUGGAUGAACAAAAACUCUCAGAGGGAUUAGUUGUGCCGAACAGAAACAAUUGUGUCGAUGACAAGGCAAUUGAAGCUGUUGUCCAUAAUGCUGUCUCAUCAAAGCUUUCAAAGCAAAUGGUUGUGGAGCGCAUAACACACCACGUGUUGCAAGGCAAAGUCCUACUUGAGGUUGAGGUCUCCAUGCCUCCAGAGAUGUUAAUACGAGACGCAAUGGAGGUAGCGAAAGAAGCCGAGGAGCAGGUUUUGAAGACCGACACUAACAUAGUUCAUGUCAGCUUUCAACUAAGUUUAGGGCGUCGAAUACCCCGAUGCGAUGAUGAUUUAGAAGAAAUGAAUCAGAAAUGAAUCGGGAGGCCAAGUAGCAAUCGAGUUUAGAGGCUUCAUUGGAGAUAUCUCCCGUGAAGCGCCAACAUAUGCCAUUUAGGUUAGAGAGUAUAUAUGAAGAAUAAAAAUCUGUUCCUCCCCUUCCUCAUAGUAUGUGGUAAUGGUUCACACACUAAUGAUUAGGUCCAUGAAAAGACUUGUUUCACCCUUGAAGGCUAAAGUUUUGAAGGCUAAAGUUUUGAAUAGCCUUGUACUUGUUUUCUGUCGCUCUUUGGGGCUGGAAUGAGAUACUAAAAAGUUCGAUGCUGUUAAUGCUGUUAUUUUGAACUGUUCUA